UUCCCUUCCCCCCUAUCGAUUUCAAUUCAGACCCCAAAUCCAAAGCCCUAAUCCCAUUCCCUAAUCGGCCUCGCCAGCUUUGAAACUCAAAUCUAAACCGGCCGAUUCGAAUAUAGUUGAAUUCACUUUAAAAGUUUGGGAAUUGGGAUUUUUCUUGGGUGAUAUGGUUAGAGAUGGCUCGUGGGGACGGGUACGUGGUUCCGGCGGACCCGCAGGCCUUGGUUGUAGUGAAGAAGAAGAACCCGCAGUCGUCUCGGAGCUGGGCUUUGGUGGAUUGCAGCGGCGAGUCCACUGUUCUCGAUGUCGACAAGUACGCCAUUAUGCACCGAGUUCAGAUUCACGCUCGUGAUCUUCGUAUACUUGACCCUUUGCUCUCUUACCCAUCAACCAUUCUUGGCCGUGAGAAGGCCAUUGUUCUUAACUUGGAGCAUAUCAAAGCAAUAAUCACUGCUGAGGAGGUUUUGCUUCGAGAUCCGUCUGAUGAAAAUGUUGUACCUGUUGUUGAAGAGCUUCAGAGGAGAUUGCCUCUCGUGAAUGCUAUAGGUGAUAAUCAAAACGAUGGGAGAGAGUAUGGUGGUGGUAAUCAUGAUAUGGAUGCUGGUGAAGAAGAUGAGUCUCCAUUUGAAUUUCGGGCCUUGGAGGUUGCUUUGGAAGCUAUAUGUAGUUUUCUUGCUGCACGCACAACAGAAUUGGAGACAGCUGCUUAUCCUGCUUUAGAUGAGCUUACCUCUAAGAUUAGUAGUCGCAACUUGGAUCGGGUUCGUAAACUGAAGAGUGCAAUGACUAGGUUGACAGCUCGGGUUCAAAAGGUAAGGGAUGAACUUGAACAACUACUUGACGAUGAUGAUGAUAUGGCUGAUCUUUACUUGUCUAGAAAGAUAGUGGCUGGUGCAUCUUCACCUAUUAGUGGCUCAGGUCCUGCCAAUUGGUAUCCUACCUCUCCUACUAUAGGCUCAAAGAUAUCAAGAGCUAGUAGAGCAAGUAUUGCAACAAUUCGUGGAGAUGAAAAUGAUGUUGAGGAACUUGAAAUGUUACUUGAGGCUUAUUUUAUGCAAAUUGAUGGGACAUUGAACAAAUUAACCACGCUGCGAGAAUAUAUCGAUGAUACAGAGGACUACAUUAACAUUCAGCUCGAUAAUCAUAGAAAUCAGCUUAUUCAGUUAGAACUCCUCCUUAGUUCUGGAACUGUAUGCUUGUCUAUAUAUUCUCUUGUGGCUGGAAUAUUUGGCAUGAAUAUUCCAUACACGUGGAAUGACAACCAUGGAUACAUGUUCAAAUGGGUUGUCAUUGUGACAGGAAUAGUUUGUGCCUUUAUGUUCGUACUAAUAAUUUCGUAUGCUCGGCACAAAGGUUUGGUUGGAUCCUGAAUUUAGUUGAACACCAUAGGUGUUCCCUCCGACUCGAACAAUAAGUAGUUUGGCUUCCUUAUAUUGGAGAUGGAAUAUUUCAGCUGAUUUUAUCUCAAUGAUAUAAAGCUGGUUUACAUAAAAUUGUCAAACAAACCUGAUUUCUCUCAGGAUUGCUUUUAAUACAACAUAAAAAAACAGUUUACAGAAUUAUAGCAAUUUCAUUUUUCAGUUACUUCUUUGUCAAUUUAAUACUUUUCCCCCCUAAAUAUUAAGAUUUUGUAUA